GAACGCAUUCAAUUAGAAGUCAGAAAACUUUCAACGCAAUGUAACAUUUGAACGUGUGAAGCUUGCGAUACACCGCCGCAUUUCCCGGCGAACAAACAUCAAAUGUUUUCCCCCUCCGCUGAUCCGAGAGUGUGAUUUUCCCCGCUUUCAACAGUAGAGACACGCAAGUUCUCCUUUAAAAGAGGAACAUGGAGAAACUGUGAAAAAAUUGACUUCACGGCACAUUCUCUGUCCUGGCUCAGUACAUUGCUCGUGUCGUUUUGUGCCGUUCGAUCUGUAACGAAAUAUCAAACCAAACUAAUGUUGGGUUGUAGACAUUCGACUUUCAAAAUGCCACAGCAAAAGGACAUCGUGAAGAUCGCCAUUCAGAUGCCGGGCGCGUACCCGCAGCUCAUUCAGCUAGACCAGAAAAAGCCCCUUACUGCAGUUAUUAAAGAGGUUUGCGACAAGUGGAGUCUUUCAGAUCCUGAAAACCACGCUCUCCAGUAUGCAGAUGGAGUCCAGACCUACAUCACAGAGUCUAAUCGUCUUGACAUCAAAAAUGGCAGUAUUCUCCGUUUAACCAAAGCUCCGGGUCGUUCUGCUGAAGAUCUGUACAAAGGCAUUCAGUGUUCAGAUGCCGGCGUGCGAUGCGACUCUCUGAAGGAACUGGCGACCUUCUCCACAGACAUCACAUUCGCCCAGGAGUUUAUCAGUCGAGACGGCCACACUCUACUGGUCAAGAUUGUGGAGGAUGCCAGCGAAGCUCCUCUCAUCAUGACACACACUCUCACUGCCUUCAUGGAACUGAUGGAUCAUGGGAUUGUGUCCUGGGAGAAUCUAUCCAGUCUCUUCAUUACAAAGAUCGCUAGUUUUGUGAAUAUGAAGGUGCUGGAUGCGUCCAUCCAGCAGGUGUCACUGGCUAUUUUGGAGAGCAUGGUGCUCAGUAGUAACAGUCUGUUCAAUCGUGUCAAACUCGAAAUUACUAUGGAGAGACUCAUUUCUCAUCUGCAGGUAACAAAUCAACAGCUGCAGACCAAGGCCAUGGCUCUGUUGAUGGCUCUGUUACAGGCCGGUGGAGAAGCAGAGAGACAGGAGCUCUUUGAAUAUCUUGAUAAGAAACAGCUACGCCAGUAUAUUUACAAGAACAUCAUCCAUAGCUCCACUUCAGUAGGUGACGAGAUGACCCACUACCUCUAUGAACUGCAGACACUCCGUCUAAACCUCUUAGAGCAUCGUAUGAGGACGCCACUCGAUUCCUAUAGCCAGGACCAGAGGGAAAUGCUGCACGGGUUACGUCAGGCUGCGUUUGAGAUGGAGAGCGAGGGCAACUUGAGCAGCGAGAGAAGACACUCGCUCUGCGCUAAAGAGUUUAAGAAGCUCGGAUUCUCUAAUAACAGUAAUCCAGGUCAGGACCUGAGCCGUUGUCCUCCGGGUCUCCUGGCGUUGGACACCAUGGCAUAUUUUUCCUCCCGCUACCCUGAUGCGUACAGCAGAUUUGUACUGGAGAACAGCAGCAGAGAAGACAAACACGAGUGUCCGUUUGCUCGCAGCAGCAUCCAGCUCACAUUGAUCCUGUGUGAGAUCUUACGCAUUGGAGAACCCCCCUCUGAGACCGGCUCGGACUAUCACCCUAUCUUCUUCGCUCAGGACCGAUUGCUCGAGGAGCUUUUCUGUAUCUGCAUUCAGCUUGUCAACAAGACGUGGAAGGAGAUGAGAGCCACACAGGAGGACUUUGAUAAGGUGAUGCAGGUUGUCCGGGAGCAGAUCACAAGAACGCUGUCCAGCAAGCCUACGUCUCUAGAGCUCUUUAAAAACAAGGUGAAUGCUCUGAACUACAGCGAGAUCCUCAAACUCAGGCAGACCGAGAGGCUCCAUCAGGAGGAGACCCUCGCCCCACCGGUGGUUGAGCUGAAAGAGCGUCUAAAACCAGAACUGCUUGAGCUCAUCAGACAGCAGAGACUGAACCGUCUGUGUCACGGGACACUCUUCAGGAAGAUCAGCAGCCGACGGAGGCAAGACAAGCUAUGGUAUUGUCGACUCUCUCCUAACCACAAAGUCCUGCACUUUGGAGAUGUGGAAGAGGAUGCCGAGACGCCCUCCAUCGAGGCCCUUCAGGAUAAGAUUCCUGUCGCAGACAUCAAAAAUGUUCUGACUGGUAGAGACUGUCCUCACAUGAAGGAGAACAAGGGAAAGCAGACCAAGGAGAUGUUAGAUUUGGCCUUCAGCAUCAUGUAUGAUGUCGAGGAAUACAGUUUGAAUUUCAUUGCCUCUUCCAGAACAGAUUUUUGUCUGUGGACGGAUGGACUCAGUGUGCUGUUGGGUAAAGAGAUGAGCAGCGAGAGCAUGCGAAGCGAACUGGACAUUCUCCUUUCGAUGGAAAUCAAGCUCCGCCUUCUGGACCUUGAGAACGUCCCUAUCCCGGACAUGGCCCCACCCAUUCCCAAACUGCCCAGCAACUUUAACUUCUGCUAUGACUUCAGCCAAGCUGAACAAUAAAACCCAGGUGGCCAGUAAGUGUUGGCGGUUACAGCGUUACCAGAACUGAAAACAACUUUACGCUGACAGUGCCCACUUGGCACACUGCAGAUGCAAGUUUUGGAGAUUGGGAGCAAAGAGAUGGUAUUAUUUCAGUGCUUGAGAUGAGAUAUAUUGGGAAGCGAGAGCCCUUUGAACAAUCAAAGAUGGCACAAUGUCUGGUGUGAAUGAGAUGGAUUUACUUUGGGAGUUAACGGAUUUUGUUCGCACAAAGCUGACUUCAUUUAAACGUGCCUUUUUUUGUCAGCACUCUUAAAUAGACCUGUACAAUAGACAUUUUUUCCUUUAAUUCUUUAGCUUUUAUCAGACAUCUUGAAAUCAUCUUAAAAACAUGCAAUGACGCUGAGAAGCUUGGUAGGGAGGAAACAUGCAAAUUAAUUUGUUAUAAAGAUCUGUACUUCUGUAGCAUUCUUAUUGAGUCCCUUUGUAAAGUGAUUCGGAUUGAAAUCUUAAAUGGUACAUUAUCAAGAUUAACUAUGUUUAUUAAGUCUACGUACUUGAAUUGGAGUACACCAUCUGCAAGGUACAUCUAUUCUUCUACAUUUAUGCACAGAUUGAAACUUUAUAACGUGUGGUUGGCAUUAAAAGAUAGGAGGCAUACGCUUCAUCUAAUAUGUUUUCAUAGAUGAAUGUCGAUUUGGAUUAUUAGAGGUACAUAAAAGAUGGCGUACUUGACUCAGAUUGCAUUUGAUAAAGUCUGUAUUGUAGGCUACUUAAACUGGCUUUAAGAAUGGAAAAUGAUUUCGUGAAUCUCUAAUAAUAAUGCAUUUUGUUAUAAAGAAAUAGUUUGACUGAGGGUGGUUUGAAGACACUGCAUGAAUAUAUUUGGUAUGUUGUUUGUAUUUUUCAAAACAAAAGAAAAUCAGUUUUCACUGAUGCUUAGGUUUCGUCAAACUAACACUGCCUAGUGAUUUCUCCAUGAAUUCAUUUCUGUCCUUCAGAGUGCAGAUUGUGUCAAAUUUUCAGUCAGUAUUUUGUAAAUAUGCUGUGUUUUGAGAUCUCGGUUUUAAGAUGAAAUGGCAUUUUAUCAAUAUUAGGAUUUCAUCCACUUACUAUCUCGCUUAAAGAUCUGAUUGUGGUUGUAAUGCCACGUAACAAGCACUUGUUAAUAUGUAGACGCACAACGCCCCGUGUCUCAAGCUCAAUGAUGAAUAAUCAUUUUAUGGUCUUAACGUUUGCUAUGGAGAAUAAUGGACCUGAUAGACCUUUGAAAGUGUUUCGGGAAAAACCUGUGCCAUAAUUCACUGAUUUCAUGUUCUAUUGUCGUAGUCACAAAUUUAAAGUUCAUCAUGUAUUGUAUUUGUUAUUCGGUGUAUAGCCUUCUAUGUUAAACCUCUGGUAUUGUGUAACAAUCUUGUUGUGGAAACUUUACCACCUGAAAAUGGUACGCGGUAUUAAUUCAAAAAUUGGUUUCCUUUGUAUGGAAUUAAAAUAUAUUAUUGUUAUAGCCAUAA